CUCAAACAGACUCCGCCAUCCCCUACCAAGAUACCUGCUCCCUGGACAACGCCUUCUAGAGAUAAAGAAAACUCUCGAGCGGCUAUGGCGGCUCAAACAGGUGCACCAGGGCUAUCUGGAGCUGCUCAAAUGGUGAAGGAUGUGCACAUGUCCACGGCGAAGGGCUUCGUUAACCUGUCUACCUCGCCUGACAUACAUAUGGAAACCGCACGGACAUUGUUUUCUGGUCGCACUGGUCAAGCACUCCCUUUUUGGCAGAAGGAGAAGCUGGAGAGCGCCGAAGUGAAGCGCAAGGCGACGCUGGCACAGAUGUAUUUCCUCGAUUACUACUUCCAAAAUUUGGGCUACUUGGCUGCUCGUCGAGCCAGGCGAUCGAAGUUUGAUGUUGACACAGCUGAACGACAACUCCCCGAGCUCGAGUACAUCACAGAGCUCAAGUCCUAUCUGUCACGGGAGCGCGCGCUUUUGCGCCGAAGGAGAACUAGAUUACGUGUGGAGCACUUUCGUAUCGUUGCACAGGUCGGUCAGGGCGGGUAUGGUGAGGUCUUUCUGGCCAGGAAAGUGGAUAGCGGAGAAAUCUGUGCACUUAAGAAGAUGAGGAAGAAAACCCUUCAAAAAAUGGAUGAAGUUCGACAUGUACUAGUAGAGCGCGAUAUUCUCACUGCAACCCGAACGCCGUGGUUGGUCGCUCUUCUCUAUGCAUUCCAGGAUGCCGAUCACGUAUACCUCGCUAUGGAAUAUGUUCCGGGCGGUGAUUUUCGCACCCUCCUGAACAAUUCCGGUGUACUUAAAGAAGAGCAUGCCCGAUUCUACAUCUGCGAAAUGUUCGCAGCAGUCAAUGAGCUACACCGACUGGGGUAUAUUCAUCGAGACUUGAAGCCGGAGAACUUCCUCGUCGAUGGCACCGGGCACGUGAAGCUCACAGACUUCGGACUUGCCACUGGCGCGCUGAAUCCGACUCGUAUCGAUUCCCUGCGCCGCAAGCUGGAAGAUGCACGGGAUGAUGAAAUAAUCAGCCGCUCCACAAUGGAGCGCCGCAGCAUCUAUAAGAGCAUGCGCAUCCAAGACCCCCGAUAUGCUGACUCAAUUGUUGGCUCGCCGGAUUACAUGGCACCGGAGGUACUCCGUGGGAAGGCAUACACAUACAGCGUUGAUUAUUGGUCCCUGGGCUGCAUCCUCUUUGAGUUCCUUGCUGGCUUCCCGCCGUUCUCUGGGGCAAGUUCAGAUGAAACUUGGGCAAACUUGAAGAACUGGCAACGGGUUUUACAACGACCCCACUAUGACAAGCCCGAAGACCUUAUCUUCAAUCUGACGGACACAGCUUGGGAUGCAAUCACCCGGCUCAUCGCUCCGGCCCAAACACGCUUAUCAAAUCUACGCGAUCUUGCCGCCCACCCGUUCUUUGCCCUCUCUCCAUGGUCAGAUCUGCGAUCGAAGCAGGCACCCUUUGUUCCAACGCUGGAUUCCGACGUGGACACGGGCUAUUACGAUGACUUCACGAACGCGGACGACAUGGCCAAAUAUGCAGAGGUGAAAGAAAAACAGCGGAAUGUUGAGAGUGUACAAGAGAAAGAAGAACCAGGUCCCCGUGGAGUUUGGGUUGGCUUUACCUUUGGUAAAAAUGGACUGGGUCCCAGGGCAAGGGGUAGCCAGAAAGAGUUGGAGGCAGCCACCAGGGCGGUGAAAGAUGCAUUUGACGAAGGACACAUGGCUACCAUAUUCUGAAGGCAAGGCAGAUCGAACAUUUUCUUGCUGUGUUUGCCUUCCUACUUCCUAUCCGAGGUGGGCGCUCGGUGUCGCUUCCACUUGCACUUUCCAUUUGUUGUUUUCGUCCCGUAAAGAGUUGUCAUGAUGAUACGUGAUUAAUUACAAACACAUAGCC